UGCUUUCUGCUUCGGGCAUAUAGACGACGGGCCGUAGGCAAGCUGCGUGUUAUUCGAUGCGUGUGAACCUCAGUCUGAGGCCGAGUGUCGGGCGGUGCUGAACAACACACUGACAACAACGUGCUUAGCGGGCGCGCACAUAUACACACGAGCAAACAUACAUCGCUUGUAUUGGAGCGCGAGUGAGUGCGAGUGUGUAUAUAUAAUUUUAUUUAUUUUCUACGAGGAAGAUCGCCGUCACCGCCGCUGUCGAGUGUCCGGGUGACAAGAGGCACACCGACUUCCAGCAGUGCGACGACGCACGGUAAAUAAGAAUCGCGCAUGAAAUAAAUACAGCUAAGCUUUAAUUAAGUAGAAAACGACGAUGGCUGCUCGAAAAAUAUUUACGGCAGGCGCCAGCGCCAUUGCCACCGGAGCCCUAACGUCCUACUAUUUACUCUCGCCCGAACAGCCUGUGAUGGCUGAAAAAGAACGACCCGCGAAAAGACCCCUACCCAGCCGAGAGGAACAAGUUAAAACUCUGAAGAAACCCGAAACCUACGACGUCCUGAUUAUCGGAGGUGGUGCCACCGGCGCCGGAUGUGCACUCGACGCCUGCACACGUGGUCUGAAGACGGCCCUGAUCGAGGGCGACGACUUUGCGUCCGGCACGUCGUCGAGAAGUACGAAGCUCAUCCACGGCGGUGUGCGCUACCUCCAGAAGGCGAUAAUGCAGCUCGACAUCGAGCAGUACAGAAUGGUCAAAGAGGCCCUGCACGAGCGCGCCUCGAUGAUUCACAACGCGCCCCAUCUGGCGCAUCCCCUACCCAUUAUGCUUCCCGUUUACACAUGGUGGCAGAUUCCCUACUACUGGGUCGGUAUCAAGGCCUACGAUAUCGUCGCCGGCAGCAAGACGGUCAAAUCAUCCUACUACCUGAGCAAACAAAACGCCCUUGAGCUCUUCCCCAUGUUGAAAGGCGACAAAUUGACCGGAGCCAUUGUUUACUACGAUGGACAACAAGACGACGCUCGAAUGAAUCUGGCCGUCGCACUGACAGCAUCGAGGCACGGCGCGACCGUCGUCAAUCACGUGAGCGUCGUGAAUCUGCUCAAGGGCCUCGACAGGGACGGCAAGCGCGUCCUCACCGGAGCCCGCGUACGCGACGAGCUCACCGGCGAGGAGUGGGACGUCAAGGCCAGAGCCAUCAUCAACGCCACCGGGCCCUUCACCGACAGCAUCCGCAAGAUGGACGACCAGGACGUGCCCGAGAUCUGCUGCCCGUCCUCGGGCGUGCACAUCGUCCUGCCGGGUUACUAUAGUCCCGACCAGAUGGGCCUGCUCGAUCCGGCCACCAGCGACGGCCGCGUCAUCUUCUUCCUGCCCUGGCAGAAGCACACGAUCGCCGGCACCACCGAUCUGCCCUGCAACAUCACGCACAAUCCCAAGCCCACCGAGGACGAGAUCAUGUUCAUCCUGCAGGAGGUGAAGAACUACCUGAAUCCGGACGUGGAGGUGCGCCGCGGUGACGUCCUGUCGGCCUGGAGCGGCAUCCGGCCGCUCGUGUCCGACCCCAACAAGCCCAACACGCAGUCCCUGGCGCGUAACCACAUCGUCCACGUGAGCCCGUCGAAGCUCAUCACGAUCGCCGGCGGCAAGUGGACCACCUACAGAUCCAUGGCCGAGGAGACGAUCGACGCCGCCAUCAAGGCCUGCGACCUGCAGCCCGAGCGGGGCUGCCAGACCGACGGCCUGCUGCUCGAGGGCGCCCACGGCUUCGGCCCGACCAUGUACAUCAGGCUCGUGCAGGACUUUGGCCUCGAGUGCGAGGUCGCCCAGCAUCUGGCCAACAGCUACGGCGAUCGCGCCUUCGCCGUCGCCAAGAUGGCCGCCCUCACCGGCAAGAGAUGGCCCAUCAUCGGCAAAAAAUUGCACGCCGAGUUCCCCUACAUCGAUGCCGAGGUUCGCUACGGUGUUCGCGAGUACGCUAGAACCGCCGUGGACAUGAUCGCCCGCAGAUUGCGCUUGUCCUUCCUGAACGCGCAGGCCGCACAGGAGGCCCUGCCCAUGAUCGUCGACAUCAUGGCCGAGGAGCUCAAGUGGAGCGACGCCGAGAAGAAGAAGCAGCUCAAGGAGGCCAUGGACUUCAUCAGCAACGAGAUGGGCAUGAUGGUCAACAGGACGUCGCGCGACAAGAUCCCGAUCAAUCUCACCAAAGACGAGAUUCAGCUGUACAUCAAGCGUUUCCAGAUCAUCGACAAGGACCGCAAGGGUUACGUCUCGAUCAACGACAUCAGACGCGGUCUCAAGGCGCUUAACAUACGGUUAAAAGAAGAAGAGAUGCAUUUGUUGCUCAAUGAAAUUGAUCUCACUUACAACGGACAAAUGGAGCUCCAAGAUUAUCUUCAGCUGUUCGGUGACAAGGAUGUACCCGGUGACGAGCUUCAUGAAAUUCUUAAAGAAAUCGACACUAACAUGAACGGUCAAGUCGAACUGGACGAGUACCUUCAGAUGAUGUCCGCAAUUAAAUCCGGCCACGUGGCAUACUCGAGAUUCGCCAGGAUGGCUGAGAUGGAGGAGGCCAAGGCAGAAAAGGAUGCAUUGCAGAAGAAGAUCAGCGUCGAGCGAUCGGGUGGUGGUCUCUAAACGAUUCGCCUCCUUGAUCAUAAUCUACAUAUAAUGUUUAGUGCAAUUCAUCCCCUUUCUAUUCUCUUCGAUCAUUGUCGUUAUAUUAUAAACCUCAUCGACGCGACGCGUGAACAUAUCUGUCACGUUGCCGUCGCGAAAAAUCUGUAACAUAUUAUUACUUUUUUUGCAUAUUAGCGAAUUAGAGGAUUUUGCAAGAGAAAGGAAAAAUCUGUUCGAUAGCGCGCUCGCGGUAAAAGCCCGAAGAAAAAAAGGGAGUCUUACUUAGCCUUAAUUGUUGAAGAUUAAAUGUAAUUGACUGCAGGGCCUUAAAGUCCCCGUGACAACAGCUCACAGCUUUUUGUCAAUUAAUACAUUUAUUCAUCUUUGUUUUGAGCAAGUUCAAAGAUAAAAUUCAUAUAGAUACAUGUGUACUUACAUCUUAUAUCAUGUACACGUGCAUGAUGAAAAAUUACAGAUGGAAUAAUGAAAAGAGAUUGUAACGAUAGGCAGGUAACUGCAAAGGAAAAUAUACACGAGAGCCUCGCAUCAUUUUAUGAUUGUACUAAUCAGCGACGUCGUAACAUAACGCGUGCGAUCUAACAUAAAUAACUAUGUUGAAUGUCAACGAGAUUUUAAUAUCAAAAUUCACUCAACUAGCCUUACUGUAGCUCCAAUAUUGAUAUACUUUCUAACGGAACGGUAAUCAUUUAGUCUAAUGUGAAUUUGAGUCGAAACAGCUUUAGCUAUUUUGUAAACAAGAAUAACACCAUUCAAUUGACCACGAAUGAAAAAAGCUAGUUUACAAAAUGAAAGUAAAUCGACGAUUAAAACUGAACAUGUGCAUACGUGGCGUUUCACCGAACAGUCGCCAAUUUGCCGAUUUUAUUGUAUAUCUUUCGUGUACGACAAAAUCGAUUGAAUUAACGGCUGUAAAUUGAAUUUGUAUACAAAACGAAAACGAUAGUCCUACAAUGUGUACAACCGAUCUUGCGACGAAAAAAUUGAUUGCGAUAUACCCGAUCGAUCGAAAAUCGAAUCAUCGUUCGAUAAUCCACUUAUGAUUAUAUUUUCUUGACAAGUAUUACGAACCGUUACGAUAAACUGAAACAUAUACUUCUGUCCUAUUAUUAGCAAAGUAAAAUCAUUAAGUGUAAAUUAUGAAAACUUAGUGCGAUUGAAAAAAAAAACGAUUAAAAAGUUGUAAUUUACUUCGAAUACUCAUUGUUCAUUAUAAUUCAAGUAUUCGGAGUUGUAAAAGUUCUAAUUCCAUUGUAGAGUUAAAAAGUACCUGAAUAUAACUUUGAUUUCUCUUCCUGCACCUGCGCUUUUGAGUUACACGAUUAUGUCUUCUCAUUGUAUAACCCUUUCAACAAUUACAUUGUAUGAAUAUAAAUCUAGAGCAAUAUUAUUUUGUAUGUUCAACAAAAAUGUUCUUGGUCGAAAGGGAUGUACGUCAGACCUUGAAACUUAAAAUCUUGUUUAUGACUAUCUAAGGUGUAGUUUUCUUAUGCAAGUCGUCUCUUUCGAUAUUAAAAGAAUAAAAAAAAGGUUAAAAAAACCAUUCAACUUGAAGAUCAGUGCUUGUCAUUUUUAAGAUAAUAUGACAAAAGACUAUGAUAUUGUGUGUGUACAUAAAAGAUUUCAUUGUAACUUGAAUACAUUUUUUUAAGUUGUUUAUUGAAACUCCAGUUACUGUGAGUUUCUAAACAUUAGGCAAAAUUUGAAAAUUUAAGCGAGCAGCAACACAGAGAAAGUUGCUCCAUUUAUAUAAUUAUAAAAAAUGAAAUGAUAAUAUAGUUAAUUAUUAUAUGCUUUAAAAUGCGAUAGUUAUCUUACGUGGAUUUUUGUGAAAAAAGUGCAAUAUGCAAUUAUACUUGUUUUAGCAGAAUUAAAUGUGUUGUAUAUUGUAUUAUAUAUUAUAUAUUAAAUUGAGAAAAAAAUUUACCAAAUUUAUAAAAAGUUAUUAUUGUUUGUAAGUGUUUGUGAUCAAAAUGAUCGUCAUUAUACAUUCGCUGGAACAAUUCGGAAAAGCUAUCUAACAAAUAUGAAAUAUAUAUCAAAAAUUCUACGUAA